AUGAAACCUGCACCUCAUUCCCUAGCUAUUCUUCGUACUUGUCGUCGAAUCAAGCAAGAACCAGAGCCUCAUUGGCUCGGAUUUAUCUUGUUCUGUUUCGAAAACCCAGUCCCUAUGCUUGAUAAAUUCUCUACCCUUCCUUUGGGCACUGUUUCGAAGAUCCGACAUAUGCGUAUCGGUGGGCGCGAUUUGAAGCUCUCUCGGCCGGGUGAAAGCCAUGUGGAUUUCUACAGGAUAUCACGGGUCCUCAAGUUACUUCCUGGCUUACAACUGGAUACAUUGACCGUCCUUGGACCAGUCCGUGGCCAUGCGUCCUAUGAGAUAAUGAGCGAAUUGAUUCAACAUGGCACUGGUUGGAGAGAGCUCCACUUCAUCACACCAACUUCCAAUAUACUUCGUUUCAAAAUAGUGAACUUUUAUGCCGAUGUUCCCCCAAUCUGGCGCGAAACUCAACAUUUGGGAAGCGUUCAGAAGAUGUUACCGAAUACCUGGGCACUGGGCAGGGACUCAAAUCUAUUCAGAUAUUUGGAGCUGUCUGACGAAGAUGGUAUCUGCUAG